AUGGUGAGGAGUGCCGACGGCCAUCGCCGCCACCAUCCGAGCCUUCAUCUCCCCUUGCCCCACAUUCACCUCCACCGCCACCACCACCACCACGAGAGGGAGGAGGGAGACAACUUGAAGGACGUGCCGAGAGGGUGCUUGGCCAUAUCUGCGGGCCAAGGCGAGGACCAGCGGCGGUUCGUGAUCCCGGUGGCUUAUGUGAACCACCCGCGGUUCGUGGACUUGCUGAGAGAGGCGGAGGACGAGUACGGGUUCAACCAGGAGGGGCCCAUCAACAUCCCUUGCCAUGUCGACGAGUUCCGCAACGUGCAGGACUCGAUCGGCAGGGAUGCGAGCAAGAGCCACGGGCGGUGCUUCGGACCUUCUUGA